AUCCAUUAUUAAUAUCUAAAUAAAUGCAUAUCCCACAGAUAGAAUGUAUGAUCUCUUAAAUUGGAAACAAGAAAAUAACUCCUUUACUUUAUUACACACAAUCUCUCUCUCUCAAUCUCUCUAUCUCUCUCCCAUAUCUCUCCCUGUGUAUUAACUAUGAAUUGAAUAACAGAACGAAACGCCACUUACUCCUCUCCAUCUCUCCCUUGAAAAACACACAUAUAUACACUCUUGUUCUCCUAUAUAAAAACAUCAUACACAUUUUUAGGCAGACUUGUACGUUACGCUUGUCAUCCAUUUGACGUGAAUUGUGAUCAGAAUGACGACGAUCAACGCCGUUCCGGUGUCGCUGUACGUCGGAGACCUUCAUCCAGAAGUGGGAGACACGCAGUUGUUCAAUGCGUUUUCCGAGUUUCAAAGCCUCGCUUCUGUACGUGUAUGUCGUGACUCAACCAACGGCCUCUCUCUCUGUUACGGUUACGUCAACUUUCUCUCUCCUCAGGAUGCAAAUCAGGCUAUUGAGCUGAAAAAUCAUUCUGUACUUAAUGGGAAGGUGAUAAGGGUUACGUGGUCAUCUCGAGAUCCAACAGCAAGAAAAACUGGAAUCGGCAAUGUGUUUAUCAAGAACUUGAAUGAAUCUGUUGAUAAUGCAAAACUGCAAGAACUGUUUCAGAAAUUUGGCAAUAUCGUGUCUUGCAAAGUCGUCAUGUCUGAGGACACCAAGAGUAAGGGAUUUGGAUUUGUUCAGUUCGAGCAUGAGGAAUCUGCACAUGCUGCUAUUGAGAAGCUAAAUGAAAGCAUCUUUGAAGGCAAACAAUUGUAUGUUGGUAAGUUUGUAAGAAAAAGUGACCGAGCUUCAUCUGGUCUUGAUGACAAAUAUACAAAUUUAUACGUGAAGAAUUUGGAUUUAGAAGUCAAUGAAGAACUUCUUAAAGAAAAGUUUUCCGAAUUUGGGAAAAUUGCUAGCUUGAUCAUAUCAAAAGACGAAAACGACAAAUCUAGAGGGUUUGGAUUCGUCAAUUUUGAUAGCCCAGAUGAUGCUAGACGGGCAAUGGAAACUAUGAAUGGAUCACAACUUGGUUCAAAGGUUCUCUAUGUAGCUAGGGCACAAAAGAAAUCAGAGCGUGAGCAAUUAUUGCGUCGUCAGUUUGAGGAGAGAAGAAAGGAGAAAAUCUUGAAAUAUCAGGCAUCAAAUGUGUAUGUCAAAAAUAUUCAUGAUAAAGUCAGUGACACUGAGCUGCGCGAACAAUUCAGUCAGUGUGGAACUAUUACUUCUGCUAAACUGAUGAGAGAUGAAAAAGGAAUUAGCAAAGGAUUUGGAUUUGUCUGUUUCUCCACACCUGAGGAAGCUAACAAAGCUGUGACCUCAUUUCACGGUUUUAUGCUUCAUGGAAAGCCAUUAUAUGUUGCAAUUGCUCAAAGGAAAGAGGAGAGACAAGCACAAUUACAACUGCAGUUUGCACAGCGUGUUGCAGGACUGGCAGGUCAACCAGCGGUUUUUUCAGGUGGUUAUCCUCCUUACUACUACACAGCUCCUGGUAUUAUUCCACAAGUUUCUCCAAGACCAGGGUUGAUGUAUCAGCCUCUGGCUAUGGGGCCUGGAUGGAGUGCCAAUGGCUUUGCAGCUCCAUCAAGACCAGCUUUUCAACCAUCUCAUCGUCCAACCAUGCCAAACAAUUCAAGGCAACAUAGGCAAAACAGGGGAAGGGUAAAUGGCCAUCUGCAUCCGCAAGGUGGUCCUCGCAGUGUCUCGUUUGUGCCACAUUUGCAACAAACACCACAGUUGUUAGUUUCAUCAAAUGAUGCGAGCAACCAGCAGGGUUCUGGCCAUGCUAGUUAUGUGCCAAAUGGGCGCGCCCGUGGAGUGAACAAAGGGACAACUGCAUCCUCUGUUCCUAUGAACUCUGAUGGAACUGAAGGAUUGGAGAUGCCUGUUCCUAUGAACCCUGAUGGAACUGAAGGAUUGGAGAUGCUUAGUAGUAGGUUAGCUGCCGCUUCCCCUGAUCAACAGAAACAAAUGCUUGGUGAUCGCUUAUUCCCUCUUGUCAACCAACUGAAGCCUGAUCUUGGUGGAAAGAUAACUGGAAUGCUUUUGGAAAUGGACAACUCAGAAUUGCUUUUGUUAUUGGAGUCACCAGAGUCAUUGUCUGCCAAGGUGGAAAAGGCUGUUGAAGUCCUCCAGCUUUCCAAGACUAAAGUAGCUGAUCAAGAGGCACUUCAUCCUAGUUACUUAUCUGCCCAAGUGGCAGUGAACUGAGAGAUGCUAUCGUCUCUUAAGGUUAUAUUAUUAUAUAGAUGUUCCUUCGGAGGUUAAGUUUCUGAAUGAUGGAUUUUUAGAUAGUUACAAUGAGGGAAACAGUCUCCCUUUUUUUUUCUCUUUUUAUACCUAUGUAGACUAUAUAGAGUUUUUGGUACUGUCUUUGCUUCUGGGAUAAGAUUUGUUAAUUACAGUUACUUAUUGCUGUUAUACAGCUGUUUCAUUC